AUGGUAGACGUAGUAUAUCUUUAAAUAGAUGGUUCUCUUCAUGAAGGAGGAGGUUAGAUAAUCAGAUCAAGCAUGGCUCUUAGCAAUAUCUUAUAAAAGCCUAUUCAAUUAAAAAAUAUAAGAGUUAACCGACCAAAUCCUGGAUUGAAUAAUUAGCUUAUGGGAGCUAUUAAAUUGAUGAGAGAAAUCUCUAAAGCAUAGGUAGUAGGUGAUAAAUAAAAAUCAUUGAAGAUCACUUAUGAACCUUAGAUGAAAAUUAAAAGCGGAAAUUAUGCAGGAGGAUCUUAGAGUGCAGCUGCCAUAAGUCUCAUGGUUUAAUCUUUAAUUCCUACUAUGAUUUUUGGAAAAGCCUAGUCAACUAUUAAACUUUAGGGUGGUAGUGAUGUAAACAAAUCUCCUCCAUUUGAAACAAUACAAAGAAUUCUAAAGCCACUUUUAGAAAAAAUGGGAAUUCAUUUUAAUUACAAUUUAAUCACAGAAGGUUACUACCCAAGAGGUGGUGGAUAGAUUUAAUUAGAAGUAUAGCCAAUUGCUGAUUACAUAAAGCCUAUUACUAUAACAAAACGCACUGUUAUAAAUAAAAUUUAUUUGCAAUUUAUUUUGACUGAAACAUGUGAAAAAGCUUAAAAAGAUUAUUUUAGACCUUUGAAAAAAGACAUAAUAAGCUUCUUAGUAAGUAAAUAGCCUGGAAUUAAAGAGGAAGAUAUUGAAUUUGAAGUAGAUGUAAAGCAAAUAAAAAACAAAAAAUAUAAAGAAUGUUACUCUAUUGUUGCUCAUGCAUAUGGAUCUGAAGAUAAUUAUUUUGCUUUUUCUUUUUACAAUGAUGAUGAUCUAAAAGUCGAAGUAAUUAUUUUAUUAAUACUAAUAAUAUUAAAUGAUGUUUUUACUAGGAUGCAUCACAAAAAGUUUAUGAAAACUUUGUUAAAGAACUUUCAGAAGGAGGCUGUUUAGAUGAAUACCAUUAAGACUAAUUAUUAUUGUACAUGGCAUUAGCUAAUGGAGAGUCUCAAAUUAGAGUAAACCCAGCUAUCACAGAUCACUCUUUAGCUUGCUUUUACGUACUUAAAGAAUUUAUCCCAGAAGUAAAAAUUGAUGUAAUUGAUGAAGAAGUAGCUGGUCUUAGAUCUAAAAUUAUCAAAAUUGUAGGAGUAGGUUUUAAAAACGAAUGAACAAGUUUUAAAUUAAACUUGCUAAAAUAAAUUAAUAAAAAUAUUUAUUUAUUUAUAAAAAAAAAUUAACAUAAAUAAAGAUAUAUUUAUAAUAAUUUUGGUUUUUAUAUUCAAUAAACUUUAAAUUGUAUAAUAAAACAAACAAAUUGAAUGCUACAUGUAAAAUAAAUUAAUUAAUAAUAAACCUCUAUACUUAUAUAAUAUAUAGCCUCUUAGCAUAUAAUUUCCAUAAGAGGAUUUAUUUAUAUUUUUAAUUGAGCUAGAAAGGGUUUUUUUGGUUAUAUUUUUUUUAAAAAAACUCAAAUAAAUUUUUUAGAAAUAACUCACUUAUUUAAAAAAUUAGAUUUGA